AGCAGCCAUUCCAUCAUCCAGGUCUUCCUCACCGGCACCCAUGACUGUGAUUGCUUCACCAACCAUGCCUGCAAAAGAUGUUGCUGCGGGUCUCGACAGUCUGAAGAUGCAGGCCAGACACUACAAAACCUUGAGCAACAUGUACAACAAGCCCAAUGCAAAACCCAAUCAAAAUGAUGUGGCGCAAAUUCUGGACCUCGAGUUCGAAGCAAGGCGGGCCUUUAUCGAUUCAGAUGUUACCAAGGAAGAAGACCGACCUGCAAAAAUCCUUGAUGCAUAUCCAUGCUUUAAAGAUGUUCAAAACGCCAUGGAUGAGCUACGGCGCAUAGUAGAUGGUACUAACCGCAGAUACAUCGAGGACGUAAGAGGAAGAUGGACAGAAUUCUGCACGAAGGUGCAGUUCUACAGCGUGUGGAAGAAAGUCCUCAAACCCCCUUUUCCUUUGGAUGUUCGCAGUGUGGAUUUCACACUGGCCCUCUUCAAUGCACUGCCACCCCUCUUCCCCUCAUCCGUUUUGCCACCAAAGAAGCUUGCUUGCAGUGAGGCACUUAUUCAUAUACUGAAGUCAAACGAAGACCCUGCCCUCUACCUGCAGAAGCGUCCUCUCUGCUCCCCAGUUCUGCUGUUUGAUGGCUCAACUACCAUCGUGGCUGUGGGUAACGUACCUGUUACAACCCUCAAGCAGGAAGAUUUUUCAGAAGGGAUGUUGGUGUUGAUGGCCUACUAUUAUACAUUGCACCUCACAUACCCCAAAUGUGUGGCAACCCUGCUCUCUGUUAUUCAAACGGAGGUCAUUGGUGACGCCCUCCAUGAUAAGGAUGCCACUAGUUCAUACAAAAAAGCAAUGGCCGAGUGGAACGCAUUCAUUGAGAAGUAAAUCUGUCAGUUGUUGAUUACUGAUUGUUACUAUUGCAUUGUUUUGUGUGUUUCACAAGUUAAUUGCUGUUUUUUUGUAAUUAUUCAGUGGGUCUAAGGUGUUGGUUUUUGACCAAUACCCCACCCCAAAGUGAAAUUGAGGCAGUGGCUGAGUCACCGGGAAAACUCUCCUGCUCACUUAUCCGAAUAUGGGGACUUUGAGUGGUUCAAUUUUACCUCGGAGUGGGGUAUCCCUUAAUAACGCCUGUAUUUCAGGAUACAAUGUUGGAAAAACGCUACCUCAUAAUGUCAGAAUUUAAUUUCCUUUUAUUACUGUGGUCCCAGUACAUCUAAGUUGUUUGUCUUAAACAUGUACCCCAAUCCUAAGCGAAAUUGAGUCACUCGCUAUAGUCCCUGGAGUUGUGCAAGUGAGCAGAAAAGUUUUUCAGGUAACCCAGCCACUGUCUUAAUGUGACCCAUCAAAGAGCAGAAUAGAGAGCGCGCUUCUGAAGGUACAAGACUGGGUUAAAACAGUCUUUGUGUUGCCAACCCCCAUCACAGCAAAUAUGCUCAGCAAAGCAAUUGUCACCUAUAUUACCAUCUUUAAGUAGUUGCUGUACUCUAAGGUUACUAUUUCAAGGCUCAAUUUCACCUGGGAGUGGGGUAUACCUAUCCUGUAUUUCAGCAUACAGUGUUAAAAUGCUGCUGCAUAAGGGCUGAGAGAAAUGUGAAGAGAUUUAUUCAAAGCCUGUAUUUCAGGAUGCAAUGCAAAGCAGCAAAACGAUCUCAAGUGAUCUCAAGCGUUUUUGCUGCCAAAUUGAGGCUCGAUUUCACCUGGGAGUGGGGUAUCCCUUACGUUAUACGCAUCCUGUAUUUCAGCAUACAAUGUUAAAAUGCUGCUUCAUAAGGACUGAGAGAAAUGUGAAGAGAUGUAUUCAAAGCCUGUAUUCAGGAUGCAAUGCAAAGCCGCAAAAUGCUGCUUCGUAAGAGGUGGGAAUUGUGAACCCCACCCCAAAGUGAAAUUGAGGCAGUGGCUGGUUCACCUGGAAAGCUCCUGCUCACUUAUCCAAGUCUAGGGACUUUGGUGAGUGGCUCAUUUUAAAUGGAAGUGGGGUAUCCCUUAAGAUUUUUCAAAUUCUGUAUUUCAGGAUGCAAUAGUGGAAAAUCGCUACUUCAUAAGGGCUGAGAAUUUAAUUUCCUUAUAUUACUGGCGUCCCAGUACAUCUAAGUUAUUUGUCUUAAACAUAUACCCCAGUCCCAAACGAAAUUGAGUCACUCGCCAUAGUCCCUGGAGUGGCGCAAGUGAGCAGAAACGUUUUUCAGGCAACCCAGCCACUGUCUGAAUGUGACCCAUCAAAGAGUAGCAUAGAGAAGGUCUUUUGAAGGUACACGACAGGAUCUUAAACAGUCUUUGUGCUGCCAACCACCAUCACAGCAAAUAAGAUGUUAAUAUAGGUGACAAUUGCUUUGCUGAGCAUAAAGUAGUUGCUGUACUCUAAGGUUAUGAUUUCAACUGUCUGUGCUGCCAAAUUGAGGCUCAAUUUCACCUGGGAGUGGGGUAUCCCUUAAGUUUUACCCAUCAUAUAUUUCAGCAUAUAAUGUUAAAAUGCUGCUUCAUAAGGACUGUACUCCAAGGUUACGAUCUCAAACGUUUUUGCUGCCAAAUUGAGGCUCGAUUUCACCUGGUAGUGGGGUAUCCCUUUAGUUAUACCCAUCCUGUAUUUUAGCAUACAAUGUUAAAAUGCUGCUUCAGAAGGACUGAGAGAAAUGUGAAGAGAUGUAUUCAAAGCCUGUAUUCAGGAUGCAAUGCAAAGCAGCAAAAUGGCUGGUUCACCUGGAAAGCUCCUGCUCACUUAUCCAAGUCUAGGGACUUUGGUGAGUGGCUCAUUUUAAAUGGGAGUGGGGUAUCCCUUAAGAUUUUUCAAAUUCUGUAUUUCAGGUUGCAAUAGUGGAAAAUUGCUACUUCAUAAGGGCUGAGAAUUUAAUUUCCUUAUAUUACUGGCGUCCCAGUACAUCUAAGUUAUGUCUUAAACAUAUAGCCCAGUCCCAAACGAAAUUGAGUCACUCGCCAUAGUCCCUGAAGUGGCGCAAGUGAGCAGAAACGUUUUUCAGGCAACCCAGCCACUGUCUGAAUGUGUCUGAUCUGUCUAUCCUGUAUUUCAGCAUACAAUGUUAAAAUGCUGUUUCAUAAGGACUGAGAGAAAUGUAAAGAGACUUAUUCAAAGCCUGUAUAUCAGAGUGCAAUGUUGGAAAAUGCCGAACAAAGUGUGUGAACAA